GACUAAGGGCAUCCUUUAGGGUUGUUAAAAGGAAAACUAAAAUUCCAGUUAGGGUUUAGGGUUUAGGUCCAGCCGCGAUGGAGGCCAUGGAGACCCUCCAGCGGGAUCUCAAUGACGCGCUCACGGAGGCGAUGGGCGAGGUGAAUGAGUACGUCUUCUUCACGCUCCAGAGAAAUUUCUACAAAUGUGCCUACCGCUGCUUCGACGAGCACACGACGGUGUCCCGGGUUGAGCCGUGCGUCCAGCAAUGCGGCGCUCCUCCGCAGAGAGCGCAGAACAUAAUCUCCAACGAGCUCUCGAGCUUCCAGGAACGGAUCCAGCGAAGUGUACUGGUUUGCAGGGACAAAUUUGACGAGCAGCGAGACAUUGCGGCUCUCACGGAAGACGAACUCGCCAGGAAUGCAAAAGACUGCGUCGAGAGAGCUGUCAAAGGACACAUCACCGGGAUCCCAAAAUUGAUGGCCAGAAUAAAGUCCCAGAUCACCGUCAAGGAGGACUGAAAUCUCUGGAGCAUUUUUGUAGUAAGAUCUUUUUUUCUUCUUCCAUCUUUUCCUUUUGUUGUUUCAUUCUUUUGCUCUCGCCGUUCUUGUGUCUUUGUUCCCUUGGCACAUAUCGAAGGUUGGCCUGGUAACUUACUGCCAUUUCAGCUCAAAAGUUGUGCUAGAUCGACCGCUGCCUGGGAGAGAACUGUGCAGCGGCCUAGAGAAACAGUGGCUGCUCCACUCUCGAUCCAAGCAACACACUGUUUCGAGUGUGAGUGGGUUUGCUCUCGAUUCAAACUCUCUUGUCUCUCUUGUUUCGACUGUAUUGUGUAAGCUUUUUCCAGGUGUGUUCCAUAGCGUUCAUCGUCCCUUCCGAAUGAGACCACCAAACAGGCUAGACAGUUCUUCUCGUCGCAUAGCUAUCGAUUCCUCUCCACGAGAAAAGUUUCUUACUUGUGGAGUGGAGUGAAGAUAAAAAGCCGCAGCCAGCGAGCCAUCCAGCGCGAGUUUUAAUGCCUGGUGACAAAGGAAGAGUUUUCACGGCAUUGGGGGUAUGGAAAAAGAAAGAAAUGGAUCUUAAACAUGGAAGAUAGUCUCGCAGCUUUUGCUUGAAGAAACAGUUUUUGGCUGGCCACGAAUCUCUGGGUUGGGCGAUCCAUGAUUUCAAACCAAAUUGGUAGAGGUAGGCUAUUGCAGUUCUUCCUUUUUGUCUACCUCUUUGUGUCAAGUCUAGCAACAGUGAUUCGAGUGAUUUCUUUUGUAAAUCCAGGGACGCUUAAAGUUAAAAGCCAAGGAUUGAUCAAAUCAGAGUGACAAAGUCUCGCCAAGUUUGUUUCGUCGUUAAGUUCGUUGGACAACAAAAAUGAAUGAUGCCAUUAUAUUC